AUGGUUCGCAUCACUCUCUUCAACGCCAUCGUCGCCACGUUUGCGCUUGUGGCCGUCGGAGCUUCUGCCGCAUCCGACGCUGCCGGUCCUGCUGCCACCAAGUCGCUCGCCUCAGCCACGCCCGACUUCCUCGACGACGAGGGCAACCCGGUCAAGUUCAUCAACUCUGUCAUCGGUGACGACGAUGACGACGACUACACGCCCGAGCAGAUCGAGCAGCGUUCGGCCAUGCGACGCUCCAAGCACCACCACAAGCACACCAAGCACCACAAGUCGCAGACCUCCUCGCGCAAGCUCUUCACCAUCGGCGCCUCGGACAAAGACCAGCUGUGGAGGAAGGCGGUGCAGAUCACGUGGUAUGCAUCGCACGACCUUCAGAACCCGCAGUGUGGCAACGGCGGCGGCAGCUGGCAGCCCGAGAACUCCAGCCACAUCGGCGCCGUCGUCAAGAACUGGGACAACGGCCCGCAGUGUGGCGAGUUUGUCAAGCUGUGCAACAAGAAGGCCAACGACCACUGUGUCAUCGUCAGGGUGAUCGACAAGUGCGCUGGCUGUGGACAGGACCACGUUGACUUGACCAAGUCGGCGUUCAAGAAGCUGAGCCCUAGUGGAUCUCUUACGGAAGGCAGGAUCCAUGGCCUGCAGAUGUACCGCCAGGGCAAUCCGUCUCCGUGGGAUCUAGCUUUGUUUGGGCCCAAGCUGCUGUCUGUUUGA